CCGAAACUGCAGUCUUUGUCCUCUUUUGCCCGUGUCGAGGACGCCAAUGUUGCUGUAUAUAUAGCGCCGUUGUUUGCCAUACAGCAUGGAUAACUCAACCCGCCUCCUAUUCUCUAAUGUUCUUUUCUGAAUUCUCCACGCAUAACCAUCUUCUAUCAAAAUGGCCACAACCUAUGCCGCAGUUCACUCCCACCCUUCCGGCCCGGGUGACGCCCGUCCCACUGCGCUACAUAUCAUUCAAGACGAAGGUCUUGAACAGAAGCUUACUGGAAAAGUCAUCUUGAUUACUGGCUGCUCCUCUGGUAUAGGCAUUGAAACGGCUCGUGCUCUCUCGAAGACGGGUGCGAGACUCUACGUUACCGCUCGCGAUGAAGAGAAAGCGAAAGCUGCAUUGGGAGACUUGCUUGAAAUGGAGAAUUUCCACUUCUUAAAACUCGAUCUGAACUCUUUGGCAGGCGUUCGGGCUUUCGUUAAAGAGUUCCUGUCCAAGUCGGAGAAAUUGAACAUUCUUAUCAACAACGCUGGCGUCAUGGCAACGCCAGAAGGCCAAACGGAGGACGGCUUCGAGACUCAGUUCGGAACCAACCACUUGGCACCAUUCCUACUGUUCCAACUGCUGAAACCUGCGCUACUGCGUGCCUCUGAGCCCAACUUCGCCUCUCGCGUUGUCAUGGUCUCUUCCAGUGCACAUCGUUUUAGCGAAGUUGAAUUUGACAAUAUGAACCUGGAAGGGAUUUAUGACCCAUGGAAGGCUUAUGGUCAGAGCAAAACUGCUACGAUCUGGACAUCAAAUGAGAUUGAGCGACGAUAUGGAUCUAGGAACCUUCACGCCUUCAGCGUCCAUCCCGGAGGAAUUUCAACUGGGCUGCAAAAGCACGUUUCGCAAGAGACGGUAGAUCAAUGGAUAAGUCAUGAGACAAUGGGACCACAAUGGAAGAAUACUGAACAGGGUGCUGCGACCACUGUCUGGGCUGCCAUGUCCAAGGCGCUGGAAGGAAGGGGAGGGAAGUAUCUCGAAGACUGCCAGAUUGCUGGGCCCUGGGAUCCUGAAACGGGGGAGAUGGGUUCUGGCUACGCACCUUGGGUGUAUAAUGAGGACAAGGCCGUGAAACUUUGGGAAAGAUCUGUCGAACUAGUGGGACUUCAGAAUGUCGAGUAGAUUGACAAGGCAGUUUGGGAGGAAUCUG